GGCAACUCGAGGCAUGACGGUGCAGGGGUGCACCUCUCUCCAUUCAUUCGUUCGUCCACUGCAUUGCAUGCAUUGGACUGACUGCAUCCCUGUUUGCGUGGAACAAUCAUGCAGACAGACCGACACAGCUCUCUCUCUCUUUCUCGCGCGCCUCCCAAAUGUAUCUAUCUGUCGUCGUGAAAGAAAAUGUGACCGAAGCACCGCACCCCCUCACGUACCGCACCGAGCCACAACUAAGACGCCUUAUCGACAAAGUAGUUAUAAUUCUCGCGAUAGGCAUAAGUGUCCUUCUUCCUCUCCCUCUCGGCCUUCAGCCACGCCAGCUGGAACUCUUUGGACGGCGCGCCCAGCUGCCGCCCGUCCAGCAAGGCCCUGAGGUCAUACUCAAUCUCCAGCGGGUCCCACUGCCGCGGGUAGCGCCGCACCGGCACGCCAUCCCCGUCGAGGAGGAACUUCUCGUAAUUGAGAGAGAUGUUCUCCCACGACUUGCCGGCGAUUGGGUUGCGCAGCUGACGGCCGAGGUAGGUGUAAAGGGGGUGCGCCUGUGGGCCGAUGACAUCCACCUUGUCGAAGCAUACCGCCUGCAAAAAAGAACGAAAGAACGGUACGGCUGGUCUGUCGCAUGUGUGGGUGAGAUUAGUGGACGAGAGCGACCUACCUGUGGGUAUUGGCCGAAGCCGAAUGUCUGGUAGACGCGUAUGCGCAGUGUGUCGUCUGUGUCGGGCUCCGCCCACCCUUGCAAGGUCGGGAACAUCAUCACUGUCAAACCUGCAUGAGACCACACCACACCACACCACACACACCACACACACACCACAUCAGCUAUCUCCAUCACUGAGUGCGAGUGCACGUCUCUCUGCCUGCCUGCCUGCCUGCCUGCCUGCUUGCGUGUGUCACGCGCUGACCUUGCUUCCAGUAUUUGUCGACGAGGUAUUUGAGUUCGCCGAUUUGUCUGCUCUCCGGGUCGUCGAGCUUGAUGUUGACGACCAGGGUGGCCCUCCUGCCCAGGAACUUUUCUAUCGGGAUGCUCUUCUUGCGCAACGGAAUCUCCAAACCUGCAUGACGAAAGACAGACAGGACACAUCGGUCGUUGUUCGCUCCGCAUCUGUCUGCUGUUGGGUGUGCACUGCACUCACCCCUGACAGACGAGAUCUCGUUGUAUUCGAUGUCAGACGCGAUUUCUGACAGCCUGCUGCCUUCCCCACCUUCCUCCCCUUCACCCGCAGCAGCUGAUGCACCCAUCCCACCGGCUGUCAGUGUGAUCACUCCAAUGCCAGCCGCACCUACUCCACCCAGAAACACCCUCCUGGGCGUCUCGGCGUCGAUGUCAAGAGCACCACUGCUGUCCUUCACAGCAUGUAGGCGUGGCGGCCGGCUUGCAAUAUGCCUUGCGCAGGUCGUCAGAGCAUUGGACGAUGACGGUCUGGAUGGCGGUUGGAAGGCCGCUGCGAGGGCCAACCACAGAGAGGAGAUGAAGAGGCUCAAAGAUGGACAGAUGAGCGGCACCGCCAUUGAACGAAGAUCUUCAAAGUUUGCC